AUGCCGACGCCGAUGCCCUUUCCACCUCCGCCGACGCCCUCCGCCGAUGCCUCCGUCGCCCCCAACUCCGAUGCCGACGCCGACGCAGCCUCCGCCUCCGCCCCGAACCCGACUCCGACGCCGACGCAGCCUCAAGCGGGCCUGCCUCCGUCGCCCCGACUCCGACGCCGACGCCGACGCCUUCGCCCCUCCACCUCUGCCUCCGCCUCCGACGCCCUCGCCGACGCCCUUUCGCCUCCCUCUCGCGACCUCGCUCCGCUCUCUCCCUCUUUCCUCGCGGAGCGCCCUUGCUGGCCAACCCCGACGCCGAUGAACCCCGAUCGCGUUUUGGCCUCCCUCUCCGCGAACGAAGGUCGCUCUCUCUCUCUCUUUCCUCCGCGAAUCGCCCCCCUGCUCCUGAACGCGGACGCCGCCGAUGCCGACGCCGUCGCCUCCCUGCCGUCACCUUCCCAAGCCCCACCGAUAGGCACCCCAUUGGCGACUCCCGUACGUCCGGAGUUCGUCGAAGAAGAAAAGGACCAGGAUAUAUGUUAUGAUGAUGAAGAAGAUAGUGCUGGAAGGGAUGAAACAAUCAUGAGUGAUGUUGACUCUUUGCAUCUGCUGGAUCAGCCAGGGCACAUUGUAGAAGGAAAUGAGGAGGAAAUCAAAGAAAAUAGACAAAGAUGUGAAGGACAACUCAGCAAACCUUGUUGUGAGGGAUACUUCAAUGAGGAUGAAAGUGAAGAGAAUGCGAAUGAUGCUGAGUUGGUAAAGCGCCUGAACAAGCAGAGACGGCGAGCAAUUGCUGCUGUUUAUAGAGGAGGGAAGACCAUUGCUUCUAGAAAUUCUUACAAGGACAAAGGUGGAAGGUCAUCUCACAAUUCCAAAAUUCAAAGACAAUUAAGUUCCCGGUAGUGCACUUGGAAGAAUUCAGUAGCAUGUAGGGGCUGGAGGAAGUCUGAGGAACAAAUGAGGAAAGAGAUGGAAAGAUUUGAUCGUGAAAGAAGGAAGGAAGAAGAAAGGUUGAUGUGUGAACAGCAGAGAGAGGAGAGAUUGCUACGUGAGCAAAGGCGUUAAUCAGAGCGACGGGAGAAGUAUUUACAGAAAGAAUCUAUUAAGGCGGAGAAAAAGAGACAAAAAGAAGAGCUUCGUCGAGAAAAAGAAGCAGAGAGACAAAAAGCUGCAGUGGAGAAGGCCACUGCUCGCAGAAUUGCCAAGGAAUCCAUGGAGCUUAUGGAGGAUGAACAGCUGGAGCUGAUGGAAUUGGCCGCUGCAAGCAAGGGGUUGCCUUCAAUUAUUAAUCUGAAACGUUUAGAAGUGAGUAUCUGGUUUAUAUUUCCUUGCACUUGAAUUUGCUUCAUGCUGUCAUUUUGUAGUAAAGGAGCUGAUUUUGACAUCUUGAAAUUAUAGCCAAUAGAUGCAUAGAUAUGUAUCUCCUGUUACUGUUUCUUGUUUCUGUAGUUACACGGAAAAAAAGAGUUUCUGGUUUGUUGUACGGUGCUAUUCUGGUAA